GAAGACGCGGGGCAAGCUGAAGACGUUGAGACUGGUGCGUCUUUGGAUUUAGGUUCCUGAAGACGGGGUUGACCAGCGCCUGAAUCAACCUUUUCCACCUUAUUCGCUUUCUUUUUGGCCACAGAUGAUGUUUCUGGCUUUGUUUUGGGAGUAUACCCUGGAGGAUAUUGGCUAGGUUUGCUCGCCUCUAUGCGCGAGUUGCUGUAUCGUACUACAUCUUCAGCAGGCGUGAAUCCAGGUCGAACUUUUCUUUCUUUUCUAAGUGUUCCAUCGGGUCUUCGAGAUCCUGGUAUAUACCGUUCGUCACCAUCCCCUACAAUGCCCGAAACAUUCGAUGCCAUGUUGUAUUGAAACGAUUGAGAGAGUAAAACUUUCUGUGUUGAAGUUGAGCAUUGAAUAUCGAUUUAUGCACGUGAUCAUCGGGGUCUUAACCUCACCACUCAUUGAAAAUGAACGUGCAGCUUUUUGUUACUGGAACCGUUAUAAAGACCAUCGCCUCAUGCCCGAUGCGAGGUAUAGAACGGUGAAAUUGCUAUGGCCAUCUCAUGUAUGUACCUCUAUAGUUCCGAGGAACGGGUACUUGGUAGGAUGGAGCAACUCGGGGCGCACUAUUUGUGUCGCUACAGUUUGUGAAAACUUGUCGAUAUCUGAGCUAUCAAGCUAUCUAUCACGCUGUCUACCACCGGUUGCAACGGACGGAGAUAGUAAAUCAAGUCCAUCACAUCCUGCACCGACUGUCUUAGGAGUCCUUGCCAACAGCGAAUCUAAUCACCUUAGUUACCCUAAGCCAGGAAACGAAGAUUUCUGGCUGUCAAUAUUUCUGAACUCUGAAAUGUUACCAGAAAUCAGAUCUAUAUAUGACAAAAACGAACAAAGCGAUAGACAAACUUCAGUGGAAAUAAUUUUUUAUGAUCAACCCAAUCCCGAAUACUUGCAGUAUCUGGCACUGGAUCCUCUUGUACUUGAUCUAUCCGCCAAAGCGACGUCGCGAAAGCUUGCAUAUGCCACCGAUGACAUCGACACAACAUCAUUGAGUAAAUCAGAGUGUGGAGUUAUCAAGAAUGUUAAAAAAAUUGUUGAACAAUCCAGAAUUAUGGCAAGCAGCAACAUGGAUGAAGAUGGCUUGGAUGUGGAAGAUGGCAAUAUACGUAUUGCCCUAGAUCAAAUAAAUUCGUCAUUCUAUUUAGAAAAAGGCAUCAAGCAAUUAACAACAGCCGCCACCGAGGCUCAGCGAACUCACACCAUGAUAUUGUCUGCCAUCAUGAGUUUCGCACAACAAAUCAAAGCAAUCUUCGUGUAUAUAUUUUAUCCAAUAUUCUCCCUCGUGCAGGCACUACGAUCCUUCAUCAUUGGCCCCGGCAUGGGUCUUCUUUUUGUAGUACGAUUUGUCAUUGAGAUCAUACUGUAUGUUCUGAACCUUCAAUUACCAAAAUGGAUUCUCAAUGGUGUUGCUUUGAAGGACUUGUCUGCUGCAGCCUUACAAGUUGACUUGCGAUUGCAACAGCUCUGCUUUUGGCCCGGUCAGUAUAUGUUAAUUCGAAAGAGGCGAUGGGCGAACACUGCAGCAACAAGAGCGCAAUAUAUAAGUUUUUACAACAGUAUGUGGCUAAUUGCCAACGACAUCAUCAUUGGCGUCACUGUGGGGUCGUUCUUAAUCAACAACAGUUAUGAAGUAUCAAUAACCUUACAUGACAUACUGAAUAGAUAUACCGUGGACCCACUACAAAUGAUGAUGGACUGGCUGUUAAGGUCACCAGGAGGUCUGAAACUAAAUGACGAACUUGGAAAGUUUUUGAGUGAGCUGUUCUCAUGGUUGAUCCGAUUAUGGAUCGUGUGCAUACAAAACAUUCGACCAACUACGCCAUUAAUACUUAAAGUGAUUGGGAUGUCCGGCAUAUUCGGUGUCAGCAUGAUAAUAUCUCUUUCAUCGGAUCUACUGGCGUUCAUGACCUUACAUGUAUACUGGUUUUACAUGGUGGCCGCUCGCAUCUUUAAUUGGCAAUUCACUAUUUUAUACUCGCUAUUCAAUCUGUUCAGAGGAAAGAAACGUAACGUGCUCAGGCAUCGCAUUGACUCCUGUGACUAUGACUUGGACCAAUUGUUGUUGGGAACAAGUCUCUUUACUUUAUUGAUGUUUCUUUUCCCUACCGUCUUAUCAUACUAUUUGACAUUUGCUUCGGGGCGGGUAGGUAUCAUUUUCUCGCAAGCAAUAAUGGAAACGCUGUUAGCUUUCUUCAACCACUUUCCGCUCUUUGCUAUUAUGCUACGAAUCAAAGAUCCAGGAAGGCUACCAGGCGGCCUCACCUUCGAGGUUUGCCAGCCAGAUCUUUUCAUCAAGCAGCGAAGGUUCGUUCGAUUCUUAAAUCGGCAACGACUAAAUAUUGCCCAAGCGUGGAAGAAGCAAGCAAUGCUACAGAAGCCUGAAGCGGUGCCUGCCAAUGAAGUUCAGACCCCCACACCUACUAAACCUACCAGAGGCCAUAGACCAAAGCAGCGGUCUGUGCACUUCCACGAUACACCUAAAUCAGAGGUACUGCGACAGAAUUCCACCGAUUCGAAACGAACGUCCACCAAUGGUAUCUUACAGAAGAGUAUGGGCUGCUUGCAAGGCAGCUACAUCUACGUGAGGAACUUACCGAUUCCUUUUGGUGCCAUUUUCUUUCAAUACAUGCUGUUGUGGAAGAGACUCAGUGCGCACUAUUUUUCAACUUAUGUGCUCACCUGCCUCCUAUACGGCGAACCCAUCAAACCUAUUCCAAAAUUACAGUAUCCAAUGUUACCUGACAAUAGGCCAUCAUUGCGAGAUUUUUGGGAAAUACUCAAAUCAUCGUUUCAAGAUGAUUGAUUAGAUAAGCUGUUUUUAGGAUAGCUAGACCCAGCAUUGUUUGCGGCUUUAUAAACAUAUUCGUGAG